UCGAUUUUUCUCCUUCCCGUUCCACUCACAGUUGAUAAACUCAAAGAGCUUCUCAGGCGAAGCAAUGGCGGUGCCUCUCUUCAACCUCGCCCCCAAUCUUACCGACUCUGAGUCUGAUUCUUUGGCCCUCCCUCUCAUCCUCAAAUAUAAAUUCAUUAUUCGCUGGGACGAUGACUUUCGGCGAGCAAAACACAUUUCCGGCCUCGACCAAGCCUUUCAGGCCGGCAUCUCUGCAGAAAUGUAUCCAGUGGUUCAGCGAGCCCAGACUCAGGGGAGGAGCGAGGAGCGUCGUUUUGGCCACCAACCAAGGUUACGGGACCGUCUGGGCAGAUGACUUGGAUACGAGAUGGCCCCAAGUGUUUGAAUGCUAAGAAUAUCACCGAGGCCAUUGACGGCAGCUAUGUUCCCAUGUUUGGAGAAAUUGAGUAUGAUCCAACCCGACAGUUCUGUUCGAUUCCUAUAGACGAACAACUUGAUGCUCUUGGAAGAGCUGUUUAUUCUGGUAAGAGUAAAUAUGUUGGUCUCAGUAACGAAACACCAUAUGGGGUGAUGAAGUUUGUUCAGGUAGCUGAAAGGAGCACUCGCCAUCCAAAGAUUGUCUCUGGCUUGCUCUGUCAAACUUUUGAUUCUGGGUUGGCUGAAUGCUGUCAUCAUGAGAGGAUCAGUUUAUUAGCCUACAGCCCCCUUGCAAUGGGUAUACUCUCUGGGAAGUAUUUUUUGCCUGAUGGGCGUCCUGCAGAUGCUCGGUUGAAUCUUUUUAGAGGGAAAUAUUUGGAAGGGGAACCCAGAUACAACCUGUCCGAUCACAUCAUAAGAGCAGCAGCCAUGGAAUACAUUGAUAUUGCAGGGAAUUACAGUGUUCAUCCAGUAUCUCUUGCAAUAGCUAGCUGUGCGUAACAACGAGGAGUUGAGCAAGCUUUUGGGGACUGUUACUAUUGCUAAUGGCGGUGUUUUGUGAAACAUUUAUUAGACUCUGUUGCCGAAGAAGAUUGGUAAAGGGAAAGGAGACAUUAGAUUUGCGUCUUAAGAAUUUCAGAGUUGCUUGUUAAAAUUUGGGGACGAUUUGUUGUAAACACAAACUUUAGGAAUUUUGGCUGAAUGCAGAAUUGUAAUGAUAAUUUUGGUUUGGUAAUUAUCUCUUUGCGGAGUGAGAUUGA